AUGAAACAGUGUUAUCAUACAAGUACACAAGAAAAAAAUAUAAAUUGGAUCCUUCUUAAUAUUGAUCCCACGCCUAUAGCAUUUUAUAGACAUAUUAUGUCUUCUCAAAGGGAACAUUCAAUUCAAAGAUACAACGAAGCACUAACAAUGGCUAUAGACAGAACUAGUGAUGAUCAUAAAAAUAAACUGAUUUCAUUGAAACAACGCGUUGAUGAGCAAUCAAUUGCUUCCGUAGAUUGGAGAUUGUGGUUAGAAGAAAAAAGAGCGGCUCUAGUACGUGAAGGAAUUCAACAAACAAAUGUGAUUGUACAUGAUCAAUUUAAUACUUUGGUAACAGAACAGACUGAUAAGAAGGAAUUGUUAUUUACCGAAAAACAAAGUUAUGAGAGCUGGAUAUUAUCAACUGGUAAAAAUGUUUCAGAAGUGUUAAAAGAAUAUACAGAAAAGAUGACAAAAAAUAAGGAAUUUUUAUACCCAGCAUAUUUUGGCAUUGUUGAUCUUACUGAUGAAGAUACACAUUUUAAGGAUAUGUUUUCUGAUGAAAAAUGGAUUGAAAUGAAAAAUGAUUUUAAAGUAAUUGUAAAACUUGAAGAUCUAUUAAAAGAUGAAGAAAAUCCAUUUUUUCAGUUAAUGGAUAAGAUUACACAGGUAGUUGAUGAAUCACCAAAUGAUAUAAUUACAGCAAUUGAAAAAAAUUGUAUAAUAGAUAAUAACCAAAAAAUGAAUGCUAUUAGACGACUUAUACAAAAUUAUAUUUUUAAUCUUGAUUGUAUGCCAAAUUCUGUAAGUGAAUAUUAUUUUUCAAACUCAUUUACUAAUAUGAUUACAAAAGGAAUACUUACUUUUGAACAAGAAUUUUCUUAUGAUGAAGGAGAAACAGAAAGUUUAGCCUCAAAAAUGGUAUUAAAUCUCAAUCAAAAACCUACUGAUAGAAGUAUUAUUGGUCAGAAAUGUGAUUUUCGUAUACAAAAAGAUGGAUUUGAAUAUUUGAUUGGUUUACGUGCUGGUGGAUUACCUGAAGCCUGUAAAUCAAAAAAAUGGAAUGAUAAAGUUGAUUUAGCUGUAGCUAUGAGGGAUGAGUUUGCAGUUAUGGCUAAAAAUAUCUGGUGUUUUGGUUUACUCAAAACAAUUAAACUUCCUCAAUCAUUUAUUCAAAUAUCAAUUCUUGAAAGAGUAAUAACUUUAUUAUUAAGAAUUGAGAAAACUUUAAAGAAAAUGGAGAAUUUUAGAACAAAAAUUCUUAUAGAAAAAGCUCAACUUUAUCGUAAUCGAAGAAAUUCAGAAUUGCAAAUGUCAUAUUCUAUAUGUACAGUUGGAAGAACUUCAAGAAUAAGAAAA